CUGUUGCCUCACUGCUGUUCCCAUCUAACGUCGGGCUCUGGGAAAGAAAGGAAGAUUCACCUUCUUCCCCCUCCAAGGACGGGGAAACCACCGAGCAGGUCCAAAAGGGCUCUGGAGACCAUCUGUUUCCUCUCCCCCUUCUCCGGGCCAGUGACAAAGACUGACGCGGCGCCACCAUGCGGCAAGAGGCGGUAUCGCUCUUUCUGUGCUACCUGCUGCUCUGCGCCUGCUGCAGGGUGGAGGCAGGCAAACGACAACGGGAAAAGGAAGAUUCGGAAGGCGGAGGCUCCGGGUUCUGGGGCGCGCUAACCUGCAUGGCUGUCGGAGGAGGCCUCCUGGCGGCAGGGCUGCCCGCGCUGGGCUUCCUGAGCUCCGGCAUUGCCGCCAACUCGGUGGCCGCCUCCCUGAUGAGCUGGUCUGCGGUGGCGAACGGGGGCGGUGUGCCCGCCGGGGGGCUGGUGGCCACGCUGCAGAGCCUCGGGGCCAGUGGUGGCAGUGCCCUCAUGGGCAAGAUUGGUGCCUUUCUGGGCUACAUCGUCCACAGACACCUGGAAAACAGCGAGGAGGAGGUGGAGGAAGAGGAGUAGCCUGCAGCAGUCGGGAACCCACCCACUCCUUCCAGCGGUAGUCCAGAGCUUUCUCUGUCACACUCCUCUGUGACGGAGUAAAAUUCGAUCAGAAAACAUUUUGCCGGGGCACCUGGGAGCCUCUGCCUUCUGCUCAGGUCAUGAUCUCAGGGUCCUGGGAUCGAGCUCCGU